AUGGCGACAUCAGCCGAUGAAGUCGUUGACAAUGUGGUCAGUGAAGAAGAGGAGGAGGAGGAGGAAGGUGAAACGGAUGAGAUAUUGAAUGGUCUCGUCGAAAAGCUCCAAGAGCUUGACUCUACUCGAGAAUCCUACCUCGAAGAAUACCUGAAAGAACGAGCUGCCCUCGAAGCCAAGUACCAAGCCAAGUACUCUGGUCUCUACAAAGAACGAGCCCAAAUUAUCCAAGGACAGGAAUCAUGCAUUCCGCACUUCUGGGUAUCCGCCUUGUCCAAUAUGGAAACGGUUGGAUCCAUGAUUGCCGAGCAAGAUGUGGAUUGUCUCGAUUGCCUCUUGGAUAUCACGUGUAAAGAUGAUGCCGAUGGAACAGGCUUUACGCUCCAGUUUUUCUUUGCCAAGAACGAAUAUUUCGACAAUGAGAUAUUAACCAAACGAUACCAAGUCCCCAACUUGAUGAUAUCCGGUGAUGAACCCAUUUUGAAGAAAGUGAUUGGCUGUGACAUUCAAUGGAAAGAAGGAAAGUGUUUGACGGAGCAAGUUGUGACCAAGAAACAAAAAGGCAAGGGAAAACAUUCCGGGCAACUGCGAACCGUGACGAGAACUGAAAAGAAAGAUUCCUUCUUCCAUUGGUUCAACCCUCCCACUAUGCCUCCAUUGGAAGAAAUGAAUGAAGAAGUGGCGCUACAAUUGGAAGCCGCAUUUGAACAAGACUACGAUGCUGCCCAAGCAUUGCGCACACAAAUCAUUCCCAAGGCUGUUCGUUGGUUUACAGGAGAAACCGGCCAACCAGAUUUGGAAGACGCUGUCGAUGAUUUGGUGGCAGCGGAGCCUGAGUAGUAAAUGAAACCUUUUGUGCAGAUUGAAGUCUCAUAAAAAUAAAUGCAAGUCACCUAGU